AUAAGCCAUUAUAAUACUUGGAACUUAUUUAAACGAUCACAUUGACACUUAUCGGUUAGAAUAAAAUAAAUGGGCAGCUAGUAAAUAGGAUCUUGAAAAAUGUAACUUGUAACCUUUGUAGCUAUAAGGAUAUGCUUAAUAAUUACUUAUGAUGAAUUUAUAAAACUUAUUAAACUUGAAUAGAUUUCAUAAAUGACAAACGUAGGCAGUUAUUAAAGAAAAGCUUCGUAAAUUCAUCGAAAUAACUUACUAAUAAUAGGAUUCGUCAUAUCAAAGAUAAAGCUAAAAAGAUCAUUUUCACAAAGUCCUCAGAAACUACUCCGGCUACGGUGAUUUUGAAGAUCUAUUUAAAUCCCGAAAGGUUUCUGAUGAAGGAAGUGAUUGUUUAAUGCACAUUAACGGCUUCGCUCGGGAAAAAUAUAAUAAAUUAUAAACCUUAACCUUCCUCAGGAGUCACACUAUCUAUUAGUGAAAACUGUACAAAAAUCCGUCCUAUAGUUUUUGAUAAGUAUUAUAAAUUCUGUUCUUGUUUAUGCUGACAUAAGAGGCAAGGCUGGUUUGGUUUUAGUCUCAAAUUAGCUACGGAAAGAGAUACGAUUAGUUGGAACGAUGAUAAAAAGAACUGAUUGGAGGUUGCUCUGGAUCUUUAUCCAGACACGUUGUUACCACAAUAAGCUUUUACUCUUGUUGCAUUCAACGCGUGAAAAAAUCGUAUCCGUACAGUAAACCAAUAUGAUUUUUUUUGAUCCAGAUCCACUAUCAGGCCUUGCUUGUAAUGCAUUGCCAUCGGAACUAAAGCCACGUGUAAAAUUUCAUGACCGUGCUAUUAACCGUUGAAGAAUUUCCUCGUCGGAAGCCGAUACUGGGCGCACCAUGGAUAUAUGCUUCAAAAUUGAGUUGCAAGAUUCCACCUGAACAAACAUUUAUGAUCAUACAUACAUACUUGCAAGUGAAAAAUAAUCGUUUCUAAAAUCAGAUUUGUUUCUGAGGACUUAUUGUUUCGUUAACUAGACUGCUGCGAGCUUUGCUCUAAUUGUAAAUUUUGUAGUGUCUACCUUUUCUCAAGGGAAUCGGGCAAUAACAUGUGCCUGUAUUUGACAUCUAUACAGGGUUACUGGUAUCUAACGCAUAACCUGCCAAAGGCGCAUAAGGUACAUAGAGAGUAAAAUCUUUUGUUCUACGACUUUUGUCUAAACGUAAUAAAUACAAAAAAAUAUAUUUUUGUAUUGUAUUGAUUCCGCUUCAUAAUGUCUCGUUUUGCUUGGCUAUUACAUAGAGUAAGAUGUGUAGAAUCGCAAAUUAGAUUGUAUUUUUUAUAUGAAAAAAAAAAACAACUAUGAAUCACGAAAAGUCUUAGAAUAGAAGUUGCUUGUUUUGAUGUAACCAAGUAGUCUUUAAGACGUUUUGCGUUUGAUACCAGUAUCCCAGUCGAACAUAUACAGAUAUGUUCGUUCGAGUAUGAUUAAAAUAUUGCUCGUUGAAGUAUGGGAUCUGUGUUGUCGUAACGAACUGUCAUUUAGUAUGAAGUGUUAAGAUUUGGAUACCCCAAACAAUCGGUAACCAGACUUAUUGGGCAGUAACAAUGGUGCAGCUCAUAGCUCUGCUUUAUAAGGAUCAACAUGUCGUUACACUGCAUAAACUUUUAAACCUUUGGCUUGAAGCAUCUUUGUCCGAAAGUUCUGAGGAUAAUGAGAGUAAUACUUCUCCACCAGACAGAGGCAGUGAAGAUUCUUCUCCUAUGCUGACGUCGGAUCCUACUUCGGAUUCAUCAGAUACGGGUGGUAGUGGCAAAAGCAAUGACGAACCCAACUCUGUAAAUAAUGGGUGGGAUUCUACUGCGUCCAUGAACAAUAACAGCGAGAAUGGUAAUCAACCUUACCAACAAACGAAGGAUGUUGAAAAUAAAGUUAAUGUUGAAGACAAGACUGAUUCCGCUGAAAAUAUCACCGAAUCUCAAAAAACUGAUGAUGAUUAUAAAGUAUCUAAUUCUGUCAAAAAAGAAGAAAAAAAGAAAUCAGACGAAAAUUCGAAGAGCCAAACAGAUUCAAAAAGUGAUAAAGUACCAGUAUCUGAAACUUCUGAUUGUGGGUAUGGAACACAAAUAGAAAAUCAAGAAUCUAUAUCCACCUCCAGCAACGAGGAUGAAUUACCUUCAAAAAAACCAAUCCACCAAAAGCCACAUAAUCCUAAACAGAGGAUAAAUAACAAACCACGCCCCGGUGUAAUACUGCAGGAUCGCAAACGGAAAAAAAUUGUCAAAAGAGGAAAAUCUAAUAUUAUUUUUUCUCAUUCCAGCAUUAACGUUCAGGGGCUUUCACACAAAACUCCAACAGAUGACGAUAUUUCUAAUAUCAUGAAAGAGUUCACCGUGGAUUUUCUUUUGAAAGGUUACAAUUCCUUGGUUCAAACUCUUCAUAACCAGAUUCUAACCAACAUGCAAUUGGAAAUUGAUACGUCGCAUUUCUUUUGGCUUGUUACCUACUUUCUUAAAUUCGCAACACAAAUAGAAUUGGACUUGGAGCAUAUUUGUGCUGUUCUUUCUUAUGACAUCGUGUCAUACUUGACUGCGGAAGGGGUCAAUUUAUGUGAACAAUUUGAGUUGGCGAUAAAAUUAGACGGUAACGAUUUGAAGCCCAGUUUAAGAAGAUUGCAUCUGGUGGUUACUGCCAUUAGAGAAUUUGUCCAAGCAAUUGAAGUUUACAAAAAGUUUGGACAUAUGUGUAAAGAUGAUCAAGACUCUUUACUAAAACUACAAAUUAAAAUGUGUGAGACUGAAGAAUUGAGGUCAUUGUUAGUCUUAUUAUUGCGCCAUUAUGAUCCUAAAUAUCAUUCGAAGCAAUAUCUACAGGACCUGAUUGUAACAAAUCACAUAUUGUUGAUGUUUUUGGAUAGCGUCAUGAAGUUACCCGAAUACAGUGGCACCACCAACAUGCACGAUCAUAUAAGACAGUUCGCAACGCCUGAUAUAAUGCUGCAAUAUGGAAUUCUGCUGGAAGACUACGCGAGCAAUGGUGAAUUCGUUAACGACUGCAUCUUCACACUGAUGCACCACGUGGGGGGCGAACUUGGCUCUCUCAUUACUUUGUUUCAACCAAAGAUAUUAAAAACUUUUACUUCUAUAUGGAAAUCUGAAUUUGAAAUUUGUGAUGACUGGUCUGAUCUCAUUGAGUAUGUCAUAAAUACAUUUAUAAAAAAACCACACACUCUGCAAAGUACAACCAACUUUAGACUGGAUACAGAGAGUUUCGACGAUGACAAAAUAUUUGUCAAGCCUUUAGCUAAAUCAGGUAAACCCGGAAAACAAAACACAGAUAUGGAUAAAAAAUCUAACAGUACUUCACCCGGUGUUUCCAAAGACAAUUGGACUGAAGACGAAUUGUCGUCAUUAAGUUGGCUUUACAUGCAAUGUAGCACUUUGUCAGAUGUAAUCGGAGAAAUCAUUAAACUUUAUAAGGAGGAUGGUAUCAUAAAGUCUAGGGACUCGGUGAUUAAAGAACUUUUGAAACAGAACAUCAUUAACAAUAGUGAAUAUGACGAAUACCAACAGAAAGAGUGUGAUCGAACGGCUAAAAUACUCCAAGUUCACAAAGAGGCGAGGGACGACGAAAUCUGCAAGUUAUGUGACCAAUUGACUCAAGAUGGGAAGUCAAAGUUUUUGGAUUGGGUGCAAAAAGUUAUUCUAGAUACAUGUUAUGCUAAACUUUAUGUUGAAAAGAAAAAAAUCAUUCAAAGUGAUACCCCUGCCGCUAAUUCAGACUUUAAAAUGUUGAAUUUUGAGUUGUUUAAGAAGAAGUCGAGUGAAUUACCAGAAAUGUCGCCGGUAUCCUAUCAUUCUUUAUUGUCAGAUCAGUCAGUGCCACUGGUUCCCUGGAAUUGCGAGCAAGCGGCUAUUUGCAAAGACUUAAAGUUUCUUCAGCUCCUUCACAAAUUGGGUUUUCACAUGCCUGUCGAUUCCGGAAAAGUUUUUAUUCGUAUACCACAUUUUUGGACUGCCGACUUUCUGUACGAAGUAGCAUCAAAAAUCUCAACCAUUGACAUAACUAAGUUGAAGUUUUCUAUGGACGAAAUAUUUGAUGGCGCAGCGACGCACUCUCAACGAAACAGAUACCUGGUGGCGUCGGGUCACAGUAGUGACGUCACUAUGAUUGAGACGACAGACAACUUUUAUCAAAUACAUAAGCAAAAACACCUCGCAACCAUGGUUAACUUUACACCUAUGCCUGGGUCGUCUUUCAACGCUGAGAGCGACGAAGUUUCUAAGCAAAACUGGUUAGAAGUAGUGCAAAAUUCGCAAGAAUAUAAAAUGUCUCUCGAAAAGUCCAUGAGUAACAGUAAUGCAAGAUCUAGUUGCACGGACAUAGUGAUGCCAAGAGCGGUAGAGGAAGUCAUAACAGCGUCCACCGCCGCUCCCCCGCUGGACAGCGCCCUGAGGGACACCCCCACUCCCUUGUCCGGCUCCUCAGUCCUCAUGCCCGUUAAUAUGAAUAUUAAGCAGGACAAUCUGAAUUACAACUUGCAACUUGCCGAGUCAGAAUAUUACAAUAAUAGUGUGUGUGAAACUGCAUCCGUCGCUUCGGACCUGACCAGAAUGUACGUGUCAGACGAAGACGAAAAAGAAACACUCCUACGUCCAAUCAUGGACGUCAGUCCAUUGUUGGACGAUCGGUUUUCAAGCGACUCUGAGAAUACCAUUGCAGAAAAGCGCCCGAGAGUACAAUUUUAAUAAUAAAGGUAGCAACGUUUAAGUUACUAGGUACUCAAAUUAUUUUAGUGUUGGAUGUUAUUAAGUAGCUUUAUUGCAGAGAAAAAAAAAGAGUUGAACUAGUAAUUAUAUUUACAGUGUUUUGUAAUUUAAGUAAUUUUACGUGUGCAUUUUAAGACAUUUAGGUUUAAACUAAUAUAUUUUUAUUGGCGAAAACUGUUUUCUUACAUUUCCUAUAUAAUUUUUUUAUAUUCAGUACUAGGUAUAUUUGUAAAUUAAUCAAGAAAGAAAAAUAUAUUCUAGUGCCGACGUAUUAUGUUUAAUUGACACUUGUUGUUAUAUAGUAAAUAUAUUUAUAUUUAACAAA